AUGGCGGACAGCGCCGAGAGCGAACCAGGUCCACGGCUGCGCAGCUGCUGCGCCAAGAAGAAGUCUCCCGAGUUGACUCCUCUGGAGCGAGCCCGGCGGGGAGCAGAGGCCGUGGUGAUGAGGAAUGGCGUUGUGGAGGCCGCCGAGGAACUUGGGCUGGAUCUUGGGAAGUUGUCACCCGGAUCGGUGAAAUGA